GCGAACCCUCAGCAUCAUCAUCGUCAUCAUCAUCAUCCACCGAGCCACAGCUUUUUGAUGCUAACCAUGUCGGGUGCUAAAACAGAGGGGUAAUUUACGAAGCCAACGCAGGGCUGGGCCAUGUGGUGAUGCCAUGCAGAGGAGACACAGCAGCAACACGGAUGGCAUGCCCUCUGAAAGAAGCCGAAGCCAAACGCUAGGGUCGGAGAGCAGUCUGGACGAGGGCGGCGUUUUUGACUGCCUGAAGCCCGACUCGUCCGCCUCGCCCCAGCAGAUGUUCUCCGGCCUGGUGGGCGUCCCCUCCGGCUCCGUCUCAUCUGCUCAGCUGCAAGCGGCCGGCUUGGUCCUGGGCUCGCCCCCCGAGGUUUUCAUCCAGAUGACCGCGUCUUCCAGGGAAGAGGCGGGCGGCCACCGGACAGAGGUCGGGCCGUUCCUCUCCCGCCCGCCUCAGCACCACCACCACCACCACCACUUCCACCACCAGCCCCUGCAGCACAGGACGCCGUCGCUGCUCCAGCAGGCCGCCACGGCGGCCGGCUCUGAGAGGCACGGCUCCAGGGAGGAGGCCCCCGAUGACCCGUCCACCCCGGCCCCGGCUCUGUCCGAGCUGAAGGCUGCGGUCACGUGGCUGCAGAGGGGCUUUCCGUUCAUCCUCAUCCUGCUGGCUAAAGUUUGCUUUCAACAUAAACUAGGGAUCGCCGUGUGCGUAGGGAUGAUCAGCACGUUCGCUUAUGCCAAUUCUACAUUCAAGCAUCAAGUUUCAUUGAGGGAGGAGCGAUCCAUAUUUGUUGCACUGUGGAUCAUCUUGUUUCUCGGGGGGAACAUCGUGUAUAUCUACUACACAUUCAGCCAGGAGGAGCUGCACCACAGCCUCAUAUUUGCAAAGCCCAACCUCAACAGCUUUGACUUCUUUGACCUGAUCUGGGUGGUUGGAAUCACUGACUUUGUUCUUAAAUAUGUCACCAUCGGCCUGAAGUGCUUUGUCCUCUUUCUGCCCAAGAUCAUCAUGGCCUUCAAAUCAAGGGGGAAGUUCUACCUUCUGAUCGAGGAGCUGAGCCAACUGUUUCGGGCCCUCGUGCCGGUGCAGUUGUGGUACAAGUACAUCAUGGGCGAAGACCCGUCAAACAGUUACUUCCUGGGAGCGGCGCUCAUCAUCAUUUACAGCCUCUGCAAGUCCUUUGACGUCUGUGGACGAGUAUCUGCAAUACGCAAGGCGUUGGUAAUGUUCUGCAGCUCCCAGAGUUACGGAGUCAGGGCCAGCAAUCAGCUGUGCAGCGAGGCUGGUGAUGUGUGCGCUAUCUGUCAGGGCGAUUUCAAAGAUCCCAUCGCCCUCAUCUGUCAGCAUGUGUUUUGUGAGGAGUGCCUGUGUUUGUGGUUCGACCGCGAGAGAACGUGCCCGCUGUGCCGCUCCACUGUCGUCGAGGCCCUGCGGUGCUGGAAGGACGGCACCACGUCCGCUCACUUCCAGAUAUACUGAGCUCUGACAGGAUGCCCAGGAUCAAAGGGAUGGGGGCGUGCUCUGGAGCAAGUUAAGACGGUGCCGUGGUGAAAAUGUCAUUCAAGAUGAGCAAAAAUAGUAGCAUUUACUAUUUGACAAACUAAAUGAGGGUACACAUGCACAAAUCUAAUCAUCCACGCUGUAUAGGUUCGUAACAUAUUUUCUCUGAUCAUAUAAAAUAUUGUGAGAAUGACCGGGUACAGAAUUGACACUGCUUUAAAAUUGUGAUCUUCUUCCAGGGAUAUUAUUUUUUUUUGGAAGCUGCUGUUGACAUUCUGAAUCAGGUUUUCAUGAAACUCAACAUCUCUGCAUGCUUGGUUGUUGAAAGCUGUAAUUUAUUCCACGUUUUUACUCGAUUUUAUCUGCCUAAAUGAGAACUUCGCAUUUUGCUUCCGUUUUUAUUGUGAGCAGCAUAGUUUUGUUCGUUCUUGUGAAGCAUGCUGCCAUUAAAGACGACCUGAGAGGGACAUCUUU